AUGAAACGUGAAUGCAGCCCUUUGACUGAUGACGACGAGCACGCCGACCGGAAAGACACCGCGAGGAGCAUCAGACGCGACUUGACCAAGAACUACACCAAAGAGAACGAUCCGUACUGGUACCCGGGCAAGGGAAAAUACUCGCACCCCACCAAGAUGCCCUCGCAGAACCCGCACGACCCCAAACCACGAAACCCGAAGCGCACCCAGAGCUGUCGCACAGAAUCGUCCGGACACCGCCACCAACGUUUCGAGCGGAAGCAUGAGCGUCGAGAGGACGAGAAGGAGCGUCUGCUUAGAGGAGACCUUGGAACCCCGCCUCCCGACGCCGGUCCCAACUGGGCGAAGAACCGUAUUGCGACUUUGGAGAAGUACGCGAAGAGGACAAAGAAGAGGCACAAGAAGCAUGAGAAGCGUAUGCGCAAGGCGGCGGAGCAGGGUUAA